AUGGAUCUUUUAAAGGACGCUGCGAAAAAUUUGAACUUGUAUGAAGUCAAAGCUUAUGUUCGGAAGGCACAAAAUGUUGCUAUGAAUUUAACUGAGAUUGAGUCGAAAGUCCGUGAAGCUACCAAUAAUGAGCCAUGGGGUGCACCAACUACUUUGAUGGCACAGAUUGCUUCUGCAACCUACAAUUAUAGGGAAAGAGAAGAGAUUGUUGCGUUUAUUUUCCGUAGAUUCACAGAGAAGGCUGCUAAUGAGUGGAGACAGGUGUACAAGUCCUUGCAACUUUUGGACUAUUUGAUUAAGAAUGGAAGUGAACGACUUAUUGACGACGUUAGAUCCAACAUUUCCUUGAUUCAAAUGUUGAAAUCUUUCCAUUAUAUUGAUUCAAAGGGCAGAGAUCAAGGAAUUAAUGUCCGGAAUAGAACAAAAAAUUUGGUGGCUUUGUUGAACGACGAUGCACAAAUUAGGGCAGAGCGUAAAAAAGCAAGAGCAAAUGCCAAAAAAUUUGGCGGUGUAUCUUCAGCUGCUUUUGGCGGAGCUCCUUCAAGAGGCACUGCAUUUGGCGGCAGUUCUUCAAGUUUUAAUGAUGUUGAUGACGAGGAAUUUCUGAGCAGGGUUUACGGAGAUGGUGGUGUCUAUGGAGAAAGAUACGACGAUCCAGCGUCUGCCUACAAUAAUGGUGUUACUGGGGGUGAUCAAUUCGAAGAGUAUGAUGUUCAACCGACGCCACGUGCAGCAGCUGCAAAAGCAACUACUGGGGCCUCAAGAGUCAAUGCUAGAGCUGCGAAGGCUGCGAAAUCCAAACCACAACCAAAAGAGCCUCAAAAUGAUUUACUUGGUGACUUGCUAGCUUUUGACGAUGCACCAACAGCAAAUAAUAAAGCACAAAAACAGGAGAUUAAAAACAGAGAUAAUGGUAAUGAGGAGCAGGACGACGAUGAUGAUAACGACGAUGAUGACGACUUUGACGAUUUUCAAGCUGCUCCAUCACAACCACAGAAACCAGCGACCUUGUCGAACAAUUUGUCCAGUUUAUACAGACCGCAACAGACGCAACAACCCUCAUUUACUCAAUCUACUCAAGUCUUUACAUCAAGUUCAGUCUCGACCCCAACAAACACUUUCGCGUCAUCAUCAUCAAUUUCUACUGGACCUGCUAAAACAAGUGGAAAUAAUGAUGCUUUUUCCUCCUUGUUCGUAUCGGCAAAGUCAAAAUCGAGUGACCCAAAAACUCUGAAUAAAAAACCAGCAACAAGAAAUGCUCAAUCUUUGUCUCAAAGUACUUCAAAAGGCAAUGACAAUUUAGAUGAUGAUUUUUUUGGGGCAAGCAACAGCUCAGCACGGGAGAGCAGCAACGAUGGUAAUAAUUAUAGUAGCAACUCAAACGGAGGUGGAGGAGAAAUAGAUUUGCUCAGCUUUUAA